AUGGACUCGACCAAGUUACAGGCUCUGCCGAGAAGCAUUGUACAAUUCUUAGAGACCAAAAUUGCCGAUCGAGAGCGCGAGAGAUCGUCCAAAAAUCCCUUAAAGCCUGUCGGCCACAGUGCCUUUGCGAGACCUAUCGUGAAUAAGCUAAUUUGUGGGACGACGUCCUCGUUUCUGGGGUUGACGGCAGAAGUACCUCUUGCUCGGUGUGUCGUGGCAGGGACUCGGCUCCCCUCGGCCAGAAAGGUCCUUGGGGUGGUGAACGAUUUUCAUGAACAUCAUCCAAGGUCUAUCAUCAAUCAUGAGCCGAGCAAGACUUCGUUGUCGUCGAUUCCAGUACAUGUUGCCGAUUUUCUCUUUGAUAAUUAUGUCACCCGAGUCACUCCGCAAUAUCCAAUUUACUAUGUUCCAGAGCUGACCGCGAUGCACAACGCCGUCUUCCACCCGGCAGACUUGGACGGAAGCGCCAGGGCCGUGAGUCCUUAUGAGAUGUUCACACUCAAUCUGAUCAUGGCCAUAUCUCUGUCAACAGCUGCCAGAUCGAAGCAGGCCCGUGCUUAUUCAAUUGCAUCAGGUCUAUUUCAGAACGCCAUGGAGCAGAUCUCGAGUGUGCUCUCAAAUGAUCUACGUGGCCUACAAGCGUUGACACUGCUCACACAAUACACAUUUCUCAACCCCAGCGUGGCUAAUUUCUGGCUUCUUGCCGGCUUCAUCAGCCAAGCAUGUAUAGACCUGGGUUUGCACCAUGAACUACCAGACCACCCUUCUAUAUCGCCUCUGGAGCGUGACAUGCGACGCAGAGUCUUCUGGUGUGCCUUCGAAAUGGAAACCGCCGUGUGUGGAGCACUUCUGCGGCCGAUGACGCUUCUCCGGAAGAAUAUCACUGUGCAGUUUUCCUCGCAACUAGAAGAUACCGCUAUAACAGCGGCAGGGCUAGAUCCCAAGGGCAGAUCGACGAAGUUCACAUCUCACUAUAUCUGGCGGUACCGCCUUGUUGAAUGCGACAUUGUUCCAGUCCUUUUCCAUCACGAACCGAUUCCACCGACGUUUCGUUCCUUGGAGUCAUGGAUGGCCCACCAGGAGCGCAUGAUACUGGAGUGGAAAGCAGAUAUCCAAGAUGCGACAGCUCAAAAUACUGACCCGUCAUGCCAAUCUCAGUGGGAUGAGAUGAAGCUCUAUUCUACCAUAGCCACAGACUACAUUCUUGUGACUCUAUUCCGACCUUGUCCGCUGAUCAAAGAACCUACUGCUGAGAACCUGCUCAAGGCCUUCUCCGCUGCAGUUGGCGUUGCUGAUGGCAGCUGGGAGCAAGCUAACCUGGAGUUCGGCAACAGCAAGUACGUCUUCCACUCAUGCUACCAUUCCUUUUCUGCCGCAAUUGCCUUCUUGCAAGCUCUACAACGGUUUAAGGCAGAGAUCGCGGCAUCCUACUCGUUGGAACAAGUCGAGUCAUUCAUGGACAUAUUUUCUCGGUUUUUCGCUACUGUUGCCGAGAGAUGGCCCGCGGCGGCAAAAUGCCUUGAAGAAUACGAGAGACUUCUCGUCCCAGUGAGGACGGAAUUUACAAAUUUCGUGUUUCAAGAAGCACAACGCAUCUCUGAACAAUCCUCGUCGUUGAGUCGUCUUGCCGCGUCGCCAGCCUUUGACCCUUCGAAAGAUUUGGAAGAGGCUAUGAAUUUGGGCACCUUCUUCAACGCGACCGGGUCAGGACUAGAGGAUACUCUAAGCUAUUAUCCGUACAUACCUAUGGAUUGGAACGCAGAGUUCAACUUUGAUGUUAAUACAGCAGAGCCUUAUGAAUGA